AUGGAGGAAACGAGGACAUCCACCAUGGCAAUUUGCUGCGGCUUCGUCGGCCAAGGUACAUUUCUCAAAGCACCUUCACUUCAAGGCUCCGCGACGUCAAGACGAACGCGUCGCAGAUCAUGCGUACAAAUGGAAUCGCAACCAUGCUCUCAGAAGCGCGUUCCUACGAGGCGAACAAUCCUCAAGACAGCUAUACUCGCACUACCUCUGGCAUUACUCUCUCCCGCGGCCUCGGAGGAAGGACAAAAAUUGUCAAGCCCGACUGAAGAGGCAGCGAAAGAAGCGCUGCAGGACAUCGACCCCGGCUCCGCAGAGCCUAAGAUCACGGACCGUGUCUUCCUCGACCUGCGUCUAGACGGUUCUGUCGCAGAGCGGGUGACGAUAGGUCUCUACGGUGACGUGACGCCGGCGACGGUAGCCAACUUCAAAGCGCUACUGCAGUCAGGGUACGUGGGGACAUCAGUGUACAGGGUGGUGCCCGGGUUGACAGUGCAGCUGGGAGACGUGCUGAAAAACGGGGGACGGAGCGGGCGGGCGGCGACGGCGGACGGGAGUCUAGCAUUGGAGAACGUGCGGGUGAGGCAUACAAUUCCUGGGCUGGUUUCGAUGGUGAGAGGGGUGGACGGACGCGGGGAUUCGAGGUUUUUUGUAAAUACCAGACCGGGGGAUAGCGGAUACUUGGAUGGGCGGUACUGCGCGUUUGGAAGAGUGUUGGAGAAUAUGGCGUUUUGGUACAAGGUGGAGAGGAAGGCGAACAAAGGGGUUUUCGCGAGCCGAUUGCCAAAGGUGGAGAUCGUCGCAGCUGGGGUGUUGUGA